GUCAGUUGUCACUUCCCGAAGCCGCUACUAAAAAAAGUAAAGAAAGUGCAUUAUUACGAUGCAUCCAACUCAAUGUAAAAACAAAACUCAUUCUCGCUUCAUGCGUAGCCGUUUGUAGAGUGAAAUUUGUAUCAAGUGUCCUUUAUACCAGCUAAUCGUGUGCAAACUUUUCGCAAAUACAAGCAAUGGAGUGCUCAUCAUUACAGUGGUAAAUUGAAGUACUCGGCUAACAAGUCAUUCACUACCAGUUCGCUGCAGACUUUGAACGUGUGAAAUUGCGUGCUGGUAAAUUGUACUAUUUUUGACUGUGAGCCAGACUUGGUCUGGCAGAGCCGGCGACAACACAAUGCAGCCACUCCAAUACUGUCCGACCAACGUGUCGAUGUCGGUAGUUUGGUUCAACCACGGUAUCUCGCAAUGCUUUCUGGACACGGUGUCAUCUGCCACCAUUGGUGGCUUUCUGCUGCUGUUCGGUACUAUACAGCUGAUAAUGUAUCGGCGCUAUGGAACGGAAAUCAAUCCCACCCAGAUUGGACGAUCAAAAAUGUAUAACUUUCAGCUGUUUCUGCUGGUGCUUCUACCGUUGCUAGCGUUGGUGCGCUUUAUUCUGGAAGGGUUUGUGUUUGAGGAUGCCCAAGUAUACGGAUUUAUGAUUCUGUCCUUGUGCAUAACCCUGUUCAUGUAUCCAUAUUCGAUAUUAUUACUGGUGAAGGAACGCUACUAUUUGCUACCCUCGCUACCAACUCGCGGGCAUGGUUUAGUACUGUUGCUGUUUUGGACCUUGUUGUUUAUUGCCCAGAAUAUCUUGUUUGUUAAUUUGAACUACGAGAAAGCCUGGUUUCAUCUAACUUCGGUGAAAGACAAGGUAGAGUUCACCCUGUUUGUUAUGCGUUACACUGCUACGCUGUUCAUCUUUGUUAUUGGACUAAAAGCACCGGCCAUAACGUCGACUUGGUUAGACGACGUAUAUCAGACGCUGACACCACAGGAUCAGGAAACCCAGUCCACGUUCCGAGGAGCAUGGAACAAGAUGCGAACACUGAUGCCCUUUUUGUGGCCCAAGAAAGACUUCCUGUUACAGUUUCGAGUACUAUUUUGCUUUGGUUUGCUGCUGUCUGGUCGUGUAAUCAACUUAUAUGUACCGAUCUACAACAAAAAGAUAGUCGAUAGUCUGUCGGAUCGACCUAUAAGCUUUCGUUGGGAUUGGAUUCUCCUGUACGUUGCUUUCAAAUUUCUGCAAGGUGGUGGAACGGGCUCGAUGGGACUGCUGAACAAUUUGCGCAGCUUUUUGUGGAUACGCAUUCAGCAGUACACAACGCGGGAGAUCGAGGUUGAGCUGUUCCGGCACCUGCACGGUUUAUCGCUGCGGUGGCAUCUUAAUCGAAAAACUGGUGAAGUGUUGCGCGUGAUGGAUCGUGGUACCGAUAGCAUUAACAACCUGCUGAAUUAUAUACUGUUUUCGAUUGCGCCGACUAUUGUGGACAUUCUGAUUGCGGUCGUGUUCUUCAUUCUUGCCUUCAACUGGUGGUUUGGAUUGAUCGUGUUCGUGACAAUGACGUUGUAUGUUGUUGCCACUAUCAUGGUUACGGAGUGGCGUACCAAAUUCCAGCGGCGCAUGAACCUGGCCGAUAACGAACAGAAGGCCCGCAGUGUCGAUUCGCUGUUGAACUUCGAAACGGUUAAGUACUACGGUGCCGAACAGUAUGAGGUGGACUGUUACCGGGAGGCGAUUUUGAAAUUUCAAGCUGAGGAGUGGCGUUCUUCAAUCACGCUAAACAUACUGAACACGAUGCAGAACGUCAUCGUAUGCGCUGGUUUAUUGGCUGGAUCAUUGCUGUGUGCUUAUUUGGUGGUGUACGAGGAAGGUCUCACGGUUGGUGAUUACGUUUUGUUUGCUAGUUACAUUAUUCAGCUAUAUGUGCCCCUGAAUUGGUUUGGAACGUUCUACCGGGCAAUUCAAAAGAACUUUGUCGAUAUGGAAAACAUGUUUGACCUAAUGCGAGAAGAACAGGAAGUGAUCGAUGCACCGGGAGCUGGUGAGCUGGCCGUAAUCCGAGGAGGAUCAAUUGAUUUCUCCGAUGUUACCUUCGGGUAUUCAUCAGAGCGAUUCGUUUUGCGCAAUGUCACAUUUUCCGUUCCGGCUGGUAAAACCGUGGCCAUUGUCGGUCCAUCCGGUGCUGGCAAGAGCACAAUUAUGCGUUUGCUUUUCCGCUUCUACGAUGUCGAAAAUGGUUCUAUUUCGAUUGACGGUCAAAACAUCAAAACAGUCAAACAGGCUUCGCUUCGGAAGGCAAUCGGUGUGGUUCCCCAAGACACCGUACUGUUCAAUAAUACCAUAAAAUAUAAUAUUCAGUACGGUCGCGUGAAUGCUCCAGAAGAAGAUGUGUUACUAGCUGCGAAAAGCGCUGAUAUCCACGACAAGAUUCUCACUUUCCCUGAGAAGUACGACACUCAAGUCGGAGAACGUGGUCUUCGAUUGAGCGGGGGUGAGAAACAACGAGUUGCGAUUGCCCGAACGAUCCUGAAGUCACCGUUUAUUGUUUUGCUUGAUGAAGCGACCAGUGCACUAGAUACUCAAACGGAGCGAAACAUCCAAUCGGCACUUGCCAAGGUUUGCGCUAGUCGGACUACUCUUAUCAUAGCCCAUCGUCUUUCGACAAUUAUCCAUGCGGAUAAUAUUCUCGUGCUGAACGAUGGUGUUAUUGUCGAACAAGGUCGUCAUGAAGAGCUACUAGAGAAACAGGGUGUGUACGCCGACAUGUGGAAUCAACAGUUGAAAAACCUGGAAGCUGGUAACGGCCAACCGACACCAUCCGCUUUGACCAACGGGGGACCUACGACCACUGCGAGCACUGUGUCAGCUAUGCCUCACCACCAUGGUCACCAUGGUCAUCAUUAGAAGACUGUAGAAUAGCGGUGUCAAGUGUCGACCCACGUUAUUAAAGUAUGUUUCCUACUUCGUAAGGAUACCCUGUGAGGGUUGCAUUAUUUAUGCGGAUCAAUUUUAAAAUGUUUAUAAAGGUUUUGGCAGCUGAAGGCAAUAGAGACCUGAGAGAUAGUUAAGCAGGGGAUGUACAAAGACAACCAAGGACAAAGUUCAAAAUUCAGUUAUUUUCUAGCAUCUUCACGAUCUACUAGUUAACUAAUUACCUAGAUACACUACUUCGUUCACCAAGCUAGAAAUAUGAAUAGUGUAUGAUUUAAGCAAACUUA